GCAACGAGCGAAAACUUACGGGAAGAGUGGGAAGGUUUUUGGACAUUCCAAGGAAGUUUACUGUAGAAUAAACGGCCAAGGAACAUAAAGCUGAGUAAACUUUGUCUGCUUCAACACUUACAUCUAUCUAGCAAUUAUUGAAAUGAAUUAUGGGAAUCAUAAAAGCCAUAGUUUGCCAUUAGAACCGUGUCGGAAAAGAGAGCAUUGGUUAGAGCCAAGAACACUAGAUUGUGACGUCAUUUAUUAACUCUCUGAGUAACGCAGUUUCAAUCAGUAACUUGAAGAUUUUUCGCAAAGAAGUUUACUUUCCAUCAUACAUUGCGUAUUAAACACUUGAAGGUUAACUGUACUUUUUCGAACGCAAUAGGCACUUUAACUGAACAGCAACAAAAAAGUGCACUCAUGCAAAGACGCAAAUUAGACAAUAUAUCAAUUUCUUUACCAGAACCAGAAGCAUGUAUAAGUGAAAUCUGAUGCAUUUUUUUUCGAAAAACAUUUAAGGUUCGUGGUAGAUAGUUAUUACUAGAAGUAACUCGAGGAGAGAUGAUAAACAAAAGCGAUAUAAUCACCGGUUACAAAGCGGCGUGAGCCAUAUAUGCCCUGAGGGACAUAGCACAGAAUGGUAAUAAAAACUUCUUUUGUGAGAAGCUCUGGUGAGAAAUACUUAAUGAAAAGGUCUUUUUUAUGUGCCGUAAAGCCAUAUCCUGGUUAACAAUAACAGCGGGUUUGCAAACGCCGACAUAAAAUCUAAACGAAGUAAAAGUAGUUAUGUACUUCAUCUGGCGGAAAGCUGGUAGUAUACUGUCGCUUUCAACGCAUACUAUUUUUUGUCAGCUUGGUAUGAUCUUGAUGAAUAAAUAUUUUGGAAGCAGGUUUCUGAAACAACUAAAAGAUGUUGUAUUUGUCCCUUUUUGUGAUUUUGAUUGGUUUAUCCACAAAUCUGCAUCGUUGUUUUGUAAAUCAUCCUCAGUUGACUGUCGAACUUUGCAAAGGCGAUAAACCAUUAAUUAUCCAUCCAAGUGAGAUAUAUAAUUAUCAAAUUUUCUUGGUUAGUAAAGCUUAAGCAUUUUUUUUUUAAUUUUGCAAGUUCAAAAACUUGCAAAAUACCUAACAAAGCCUCACCUUUAAAAUUCAAAUCACGCACAUAGAAAAACAAGUGUUCUAAAGGGAUUCAAACUAAACAUCAAAACCAAAAACUGAUCGAGAGGAUAGUUUUGUUUUGAUAAACUCAACUUUGAAAGACAAUGGCAUAUAGCUACCGUUAAAAAUACCAUGUCAAUUUGUCAAAUCUUAAAAAAGAACUUCAUAAAAGUUUUCACAUAAAAGAUAAUUAACAGAAAAAUGUUCCCACAGUCCAGAUCCGAGUUAGCGGGCUCCCUGAAAAAAGGAGACCAGCUAAUUUCUUCGUAUCUGAGACUACUUAAUGGCUAGCUUUGUUUUGAUAUCUUGAUUAUCCAUUGAAAGGUCACUCCUCGAGAGAUAUUACACUCAUUUUAACGUCUGUGAACCGUAGCCUAAACAGUUUAAGCACUUCCUCUACUCAAGGAUUAACAGAAGAAGGCACGUUCUCACAAGUGAAUGACUCUGCACUCUUGGUCACCAGCCCGCAUAGGGAAGUGACAGACCAAUAAACGAAAAAAAGCUGGCAAAGAAAAAGCAGUGUAGAACGUCGAUAAAUGCUCUAGAAUAAAAAUCACGUUAUCGCAUGCAAUUUCCAAAGAUCUCUAAACAAUUCGGAAUCAUAGUUAAUUAACAGAGAACAAAUGAACUAUUCAAUUGUAGGCGAAGGUGUGAGAACAGUCGGUACUGACCCGUUUUACUCAGAACGUGCUGCCGUGGUUACGAGCCCAAUAGGUGUGAUUUGUUUACAACCAAUUGGUUUGCUUACUCAUAGUACAAAUCAUAGUCAAUAUUGAUUCUCAGGAGUUGUACCUUUUACCUGGAAAAGCUUAUGGCCAAGUUUAGACGAGAAGCUAAAUUUAGGGCUUGUUGUAAUCGGUAGCUUUAAGCGGGGUAUGCAAUUUCGGCUUUUAGGCAAUUAUAACCAAUUAGUUCUCACCUAAACGCCUUUGUUCCAUGGGUUCGAUUAUGCCUCCUUUCAGACUUCCAAACAAUUUCGCACAUCUUGAGUGGCCCUCGUAAAAAAUAGCAUAUAAUCUAUUGUUUUAUGAGCAUUCUAAUCAGUUUGCGGAGUGAUUUAUUAAGUGACCACUGCACACCGCCGCUAGAAAGACGCAAACGCAUAAGUGUGCACUUGUAAAAGCAGACCAUGCAACGAUUCAGCGCAGCGAUCCUCUUAGUGUUCAUGGUGUCCGUGUGUAUUAGUAACCACGAGGUUCAAGGCUGGUGGAACCUAGGCUUUGGUUUUGAGGAUCUGAAAAACGACUACAACAUUCAGUUGUCACCUCCCAACCAAAUCCGCGCUCUGACACAAAAACAGAUCCGUAUCUCAAGGAGAUACCCCGAGCUUAUCCAGUACAUCGCGGGAGGAGCGAGGACGGCCAUUCACGAGUGCCAGCACCAGUUCCGAAACCGAAAAUGGAAUUGUUCGGCUCACAGCCCCGAGAACGUGUUUGGCAAGAUUCUCAAGCGAGCUUGUAGAGAAACCGCAUUCACGUACGCAAUAACCGCUGCCGGUGUCUCGCACGCCAUAGCCCGGGCAUGCGGAGAAGGGAAGCUCUCCGCCUGUUCUUGUGACCAGCGGUAUCGUGGUGUCAGCAAGCAAGGGUGGCAGUGGGGAGGAUGCAGUGAUAACAUCCAUUUUGCAGACAACUUUUCAAAGCGCUUUGUAGACGCACAAGAAAAAGGACGGGAUUUCCGUGCUCAGAUCAACUUGCACAAUAACGAGGCUGGGCGAGCGGCCGUGCGCAACAACAUGAUUGUGGAGUGUAAAUGUCAUGGUCUAUCCGAGGCGUGUACCGUCAAGACAUGCUGGAAGCGUCUCCCGGACUUUCGACUCGUUGGAGACGAUUUAAAGCGAAAAUUCGACAACGCGUCUAUGGUAGAGUACCAGCAGAACAACAACAACAGGAAUUCAAAUAGAAACCGCAACGAAGACCCAGCGCUCUUUAUCCCAAGUAAACCAUAUCUCCGACGGCCCACCGUAUACGACUUGGUGUACUACGAGCACUCGCCGAACUUCUGCGAGCGAAACCCGAGUGCUGGCUCGUUAGGGACACAAGGACGAGAGUGUAACACGACUUCUAUGGGGACAGAUGGGUGUGAGCUGAUGUGCUGUGGCAGGGGAUUCACUACGAGUUCGCAAGAGAGAGUUGAAAACUGUAACUGUCGGUUUUUCUGGUGUUGUGAGGUAAAGUGUCAGAAGUGUAAAACACGAAGGAUCAUUAGUAACUGCUUAUAAUCAUAAUAUAAAUGUAUAUAAAGGGUGUCCAUUAGUACCCUUAAAGGGUGAGAAAAUAUAUCAAGGUGGUUGAGUAACUCUAAUAGACGGGGAGGGGGAAACAACAGGUCUGUUUAAAGGAAUAUGUGUGACAUUUUAGGGUUGAAGUUAAGGGUGAGCGAGGUGAAUGUGGAAUGAAAAUCUUACGAUAAAAAGGGGAAACGACACACCUCCCAGCCUAUCAUGGUGUUUAUUAGAGCUCCUAUAGUAUCAGUUUGUCGGGGCUUCUAAAUCUUUUAGUUUUUUAGUCCACCAGAGUAGUAAAACUAGGGUGUAGUACCCUAAGGCCUUACCUGCUGAUUUUUAUACUGCAACAAAAAUAUCCGAGGCUCCCAAACCAGGAGCAUAUAUUACGGUUCAAGUUGCCUUGAGAGAAUAAAAAUGCGUAGUUUUGAAUAUAGGAAUAUAGUCGGUUAGAAAUUACUUUAUCUUUACGUUUUGUCACGUGAUGUUCUGUAUGCAGAUGCAGGUUUUUGAGAAGGAGAUAACUUAGGGACCGACGAUUUAGUAUCCGACAGGAAGGCUACUGGUCUGGUCGAUUUUUGUCUAGGAUAUUGUUUAUAAUUCUCCCAGAAAACUUUAAGGCGGUCCGAAGCUAUUAUCUAUAGAUCUAUAGAGAUAAAACAAAUACCACAGGCACGUAGCCAGGAUAAUGAAAAGGUCUAAUAUCAGGCGUGACCAUCCUACUUAAGAAAUAGCCAACUUAUUGGCGUAAGAGGGGGUAGGGUGGGAAGGGGGUUCGCUACGUGCUUGUACCAUAUGUGCAUAUGUCCAUCCAUAUCAAAAAAGAACAAUAAUAAAUAGUUUGAAUGUAAAUAGUUUUAUGCUGAGGAGACUUGUAGUAGAUCUAUGUUAAAAUAUGUGAGCACAUUUAGAAUAAAGUAUCAUGCAUAGGA